AUGCGUGGGGAGAGGGGUCCACAUCCGGUGCUGGUGGCGCUCUGUGGACUGUUUUUGGCUUUGACGCGGAGCGGAGCAGUUUCCAGAUGCGUGGACCAUGCCUGUAGUGCACCCAUAGGGAACCUGGCCAGCGGCAGGACCCUCACCACCCUCUCCAGCUGCUGUGGGAACAACUCCCCACAAAGCUGCCCUUGCCCCCGUCCUCCCAUGACCCCUGACCUCGGCCCUGGGGACAAUCACCCACCUGCUCACAUGACCGACGACCCUUUCUCCAAGCCGGAGACCUGGUGGGCAUCAGGUGCAAGGCCUGCCCUGCAGGGGCAGCAGGACGAGAUCCAGUUGGAUCUGGAAACACAGUUCUGUCUGUCCCAUGUGGUUCUGGUGUUCCAGUCGCCCCGGCCCGCUGCCAUGGCCAUUGAACGUUCAGCCGAUUUUGGGAGGACCUGGGAGGCGCUUAAACUAUUUGCAAGCAAUUGCAGCGCGGAGUUUGGUUUGGCUGAUGAUUUUAGUCAGCCAGGCUCUUUGUGUACAUCUCGUUACACCAGUCCCACACCCUGCAGUGGUGGUGAGGUAAUAUUACGGACAUUAGACCCCAGCGGUGCUAAAAGACUGGACCCUUACAGCUCAGAGGCCCUUGCCCGCCUCACCCUCACUAACCUCCGCAUCAGACUGCUUAAAGCUCAGACCUGCUCAGCACCUCUGAACCGGCCGACAGGAAGCACAAGUCCCACAGCCUCAACACUGACCUCCACAUCCACGACAGAAAACUCAGCCGUAGCACCUUAUGCCAUUUACACUUUACUGGCCAAAGGGACCUGCCUGUGCCACGGACAUGCUGAGUAUUGUGUACCACACAACAGCAACCAAGACACUAGUCAGGAGAGUCAUUUGGUGUAUGGUAGGUGCCUGUGUGCUCACCACACGGCAGGGGAUCACUGUGAGAAGUGUGCCCGGCUCUACAACGAUCGUCCCUGGAGGCCGGCCAACGGCAGCAGCGGGGAGCCCAACCCGUGCCAGAAGUGCGAGUGCCACGCUCACGCAGACAGCUGUCACUUCUCUCAGCGGUCAUGGCUGUCAUCCGGGGGCUCCAGCGGUGGGGUUUGUGAUGACUGCCGGCACAACACGGUUGGGCGUAGGUGCCAGCGCUGUCGCCAUGGCUACCACCGUCACCCGUUCCUGCCCCUCCAUUCCCCCCACGCCUGCACACGCUGCAGGUGUGAUCCACAGGGCUCUUUGUCUCCUCGGCCUGGAGAGGAGGAACCCUGGUGCCACCCUCGGACUGGACAGUGCCACUGUAAACCAGGUGUAGGGGGCACAAGCUGCAGCUACUGCCUGCCUGGCUACUGGGGCUUUGGAGAUAAGGGCUGUGAACCCUGUGCCUGCCCUCUCAGCUGCGAUCCCACCACUGGGCAGUGUCUCGACAGCUACACAAAUAACCAGGUGUUCCAUGUGGCUGUUGGAGGUAAAAUCCCUGAUCUGGAUCAUAUGUUCCCAAUUGAAGAAGAAGUACAGUGGUCGAAGGAGCUCGCAGUCUCUGCUCUGCGUUAUACAGGAAAGUGCAGCUGCAAGGAGAGGAAACUGAAAAGCGUGUCUGACCUCUGUAAGAUUAAACACGACUAUGUGAUCAAGGCCAGCGUGCUCUCUGCUCAUGACAAAGGCAGUCACGCAGAGGUCCAGGUCAAAGUUCGCAAGGUUCUGCGAUCAGGGCAGGUGGCACUGAACCUGGAAACCAUCAGCAUCUAUCCUCUGUCCUGGACCAGCCGCGGCUGCACCUGUCCGAUACUAAACCCCGGUAUGGAGUACCUGCUCGCAGGCCCAGAAGAAGCUGGAACAGGCCAUUUGCUGGUCACCAUGCAAAGUGUGGUGGCCCCCUGGACACCUCGACUGGGUCUACUCAUAUCAGAGGGCCUGAGGAAUGGAUGUCCAUGAGCUCUUUUAUCUGUAAAGGCCGAACACACUCCAGAGAACUGCACAAUUCAUAAGUCCGUGGACAAUUCAGAAAAGGGACUGAAAAAAAAUCACUGGACAACAUCAACGAUGGCAAAUUAUCCAAGAGGUGAACUCAUGGUCCAAAGCUGGAGAGCAGUACUCACACUGUGUGAGUGUUACAUAAAAUAAAGUCUGAAGUGAA